AUGGCGCCUCUCACCUACUCCAAGACCUCCAAGGUCCCCCGUCGCCCCUUCGAGGCCGCCCGUCUGGACUCCGAGUUGAAGCUCGUUGGCGAGUACGGUCUCCGCAACAAGCGUGAGGUCUGGCGUGUCCAGCUUACCCUCUCCAAGAUCCGUCGUGCUGCCCGUCAGCUCUUGACCCUUGACGAGAAGGACCCCAAGCGUCUCUUCGAGGGCAAUGCCCUCAUUCGCCGUCUCGUGCGCGUCGGUGUCCUCGACGAGUCCCGCAUGAAGCUCGAUUACGUCCUUGCCCUCAAGGUCGAGGAUUUCCUUGAGCGCCGCCUCCAGACCUGCGUCUACAAGCUUGGCCUUGCCAAGUCUAUCCACCACGCCCGUGUCCUCAUCCGCCAGAGACACAUCCGCGUCGGCAAGCAGAUCGUCAACGUUCCUUCUUUCAUCGUCCGUCUCGACUCCCAGAAGCACAUCGACUUCGCCCUUACCUCGCCCUUCGGUGGUGGCCGCCCCGGCCGUGUCCGCAGAAAGAAGGCCAAGGCCGCUGAGAAGGCCGACGGUGGUGAGGAUGAGGAGGAUGAGGAGUAA